GGCUCUGCUAUAAAUGUGUCAGUGUGGAUGUUAAUUUUGUUGCACUGAUGAAGAUGGGACAGGCUUCAACCUUACCCUGCAGAAAAGGUGGUACCUAUGUCACCGAGCUUUACGAAUGGUUCAGGAAAUUCUUGAACGAGUGUCCCAGUGGGCUGAUCACCCUCCAUGAGUUCAGACGUCACUUCUGUAAUGGAACCGUGGGAAAAGAGUCAGCGGAGUAUGCAGAGCAGAUAUUCCGGACACUAGAUAACAAUGGGGAUGGAGUUGUGGACUUCAGAGAAUAUGUGACGGCUAUCAGCAUGUUGAUUGAGGGCUCUUCAGUGGAGAAGCUUCGUUGGUCCUUCAAACUCUUUGACAAAGACAAAGAUGGAGCCAUCACUCGGUCUGAGAUGCUUGAAAUCAUGCAGGCAGUGUACAAGAUGAGUGUAGCUGCCUCACUGACCAAGCGUGAUCCACUGACUGCCGAAGAGUGCACCAACAGGAUAUUUGUACGGCUGGACAAAGAUAACAAUGCCAUAAUCAGUCAAGAGGAAUUCAUUGAAGGCGCACUGAAUGAUGAAUGGAUCAGAGAGAUGUUGGAGUGUGAUCCAAACACAGUGAAGGUGGAGAGGCCUCUCAAAGGCCAUGCAGUACUCUAAAAAUUUAGGCUUCUUUGGAUACAGCAUAAAGUAGGGUACAACGGGUCUAAAGGCUCCACGGGGUAAAAGGCUCCUUUGAUUUGAUUUUUUCCCAAAACACUAAACCACAGCACUUUCCUUAACACUUGUUUGUCACUAUACACUGCAAAAUAUUCCUGAUCCAUGAGAUCUUUGCGUGUAAUGUUUAAAGUUUGAUUUU